UGUAGCUAGGAUACUGAAACGUCUAACGUUAUGCAGUUUUGGUGAGGAAGAGUGCGUGGUUUUCCCACUAACGCACUAGCCUUUUUUUAUCCUGGGGUGAUAAGUUAUAUAACUUCAAACUUACUUUGUUGACCAGUUCUGUUGUAAAUAUUAUCAUUAUGUCAGCUAGGCCCUUAUUAUCUGAACAUCAAACAAAUCUCAAAUUUGGUGAGGCAACAUUUGAGAUUCUGUCUGAUUUCCUCACCAAUAUCAACAACAAAAACAAACUGAACUUGGAGAGCCUAUCAGCUAACUGUGGACAUUUCAAGAAAAAAGAAUUGGUCGAGUAUAUCUUCCUUCUCUGUAAGGAGUUUAAACUCGACCCGUUGGUUGGAUAUCAUGCCGUUGAGAUACUGGAGAGAUUUAUGAUCAAGCACAUUGAGGAUCUGCUGUCGUUACCCACUGCGCAAGGCGCCAGUGCUAGUGGUGGAGAUGAAAACAUGGAGGAGCUGGUCUUUCAAAGCAUCAGGCCAAAGUUCUCAUUAAUCAUCCUCUCCUGUGUUCAGCUGGCUAGUAAGCUGUCCCUGCACUGUAAGAUUGUGGACAACAACGUCGCUAUGAGGUUUGUGCAGUCAGCUGGCUACACCAUCACCAAAGAGGCACUGAUGAGGUCUGAACUGGUGGUGCUGAAAACCCUGAACUUCAACCUGAGUGCUACAAAUCCACUGACGUAUGUAGAGACGCUUCUGGAAGUCUUAAGCCACAAUGAGUGUUCGAUGGCACUAGAAGACAUGCACCACCUGUGCAAGGCAGUGUUGCAGUUUACAUUUCUCCAAAGGACAUCCAUCUACCAAGCACUCCUCACCGUGGUCAGUAGGGGCACUAUUACUCCACAGGAGCACAGAGAGAAGUUUGUAGCUGUGACAGAAGACUGCAUGCUGCUGGGGGUUGGAGUCAUCGCUGCUGCUGCGUUCAUCCUCGACUUCUCUACCUGGGAGCAGGUGGUGCAAGAGCUAAGCUUAAUCACAGGGAUUUCAAUUCAGAGCACCAUGGAGUUUGCAUAUGUGAUACUGAUGCAUGUGACCAACAACUCGGAUACCCUGGUUUGAGGG